CAGAAAUUUUCAAACUAAAAACAACCAGUCGCAUCCAUGUUUAUUGACGAUAAUUAAUCGCAAUUUCCGACAGCCGGGCGCCAAUUCUAAAUAUUGAACAUGGUAUUUAUUAUGCUCGUAAUUAUCCGCGAUCGAUGCCAAUUAUUACAUUUCACGGAAAGAAAUGUUUUUCGUUGUAAUUUCCAUCGCGUGCACUAGUCGCGUGCAUUUGCCCACGUGCACGUACAUCACGGCGUAAUUGCUGCGUGUGUUUAUUUUCUACCGAAUAUUAUAGAAAUGGUUGCUUGUAAUUUGCAAUUAAUUCAAACUCUGACAGGGUCAAUUAAAUUAUUAGUCUAAAAGAAGAAAUGUAAUUUCAUCUAUCGAAAAGUAGGACAAAGAACGUCGAACUGUUUCGUUUAUCGUUGGAUAAUUAAAGUUAAGCGUUUCUGUUAACGGCAACAUCACAGAAUUGUAUUUAAUUAACGAACAAAUGCACGAUAUAAUUUAUGAACAACUGGAUAAUUACGCGAUGUAAACUGAUUCAUUAAGGAAAAGAGUUUCCGCAAAGUAACAAAGUUCUCUUAAAGUCUAAUUCGAGCUUAAUUUAAGGUUAAUUCAAAUCUAUUCUAUUGGCAACUAAGUGAUUGCGAGUUUUGUCAUUAGAUGGCAACCUUAUAGUUAUCAGUUUGAUGCCUUUCUGCCUCGCCAAGUGACAGUUUAAGGUUAGGUUAGACUUGGCAACUAAAUGAUUGCGAAUUUUGUCACUAAGUGGUAUUGAUAAAAUCCGCAAUCAUUUGAAGAGAAUCGUUGGAUCGAAGACUCGGUGGGAAAGAAUUACCAGAAUAUUCUUUAUCUUAUCGAAUGAGGAAAUAAACAAAAAUGAAUAAAACUCCUCCUCUGAAGUAUAAAACAAGAUGUAACAGGAAGGAGAGGUAAAUAGCAAACGAUACCCUAUCGGUAUGAUAUGUUCCUUGAAAUCGAUCAUAAAAUUGAUAGCGAUAUCGCUAUCUUCUUUGUCUUAGAACUAGUGUGCAACGAAUCGAUCAAAGGAUGUGUUCGAUUAAUUUUUUCAUUCAGUGUUAUUAAUCUAGCUUAUAUUCGAAGAAGAUUUUCUUAAUAUUUUGCGGACUGGAGACGUGAAUUCGCUUCCUUCUUACGGGCUUCAUGCGGCAUCCGAUAAAAAUCUGAAUUAAAACAAGGGCAACCAGAGGGAGGCGGUCGAAGCUGUGGCCAACAAUGCUCAGAUCCUGAUCGCGGAGCAUCAGGGGCCCCAUAGGGGUGGGGAGGUGGUGGAAGAGAACAGCAAACGCAUCCAUCUGCGCUUGGUUACGAUCUCCAUAGGACGGUAACCGGUUCGUGGUCCUGGAGGAGGCUGGCGAUGAGCAUGUUGAGCAUACUACGUAGAAAUUGGGCACUUCGGGUGUCGGUGGUGCUCAACAUCUGCGUGUUGCUCUACGUGUGCGCCCACUUCGGCUCCUCCGGGCCCUGGAUCGAGGAACCACCGACAAAUUGGGCGGCGCCGUUGCAAUCCGAGACCUUUGGCGCCGUGGACCUCGUAAAUGGUACUCAAAAGGGCGCCACGUCGUCAGCUGUGCCUGCCAUCAAGGAUGCCUCGAACAAGAGCGCACGCGGUAACACGACCAGUCUAGCCAGGGCGAGGUUGCUCACCAUGAGGCCAACGACCAACGAGGCCAAGGCUGAUAACAAGAACGGCGACGGGCCAGAGCACAGGCAUAAUCAGACGGCAAAGAACGGUUUGCCGGUUGUUCAAUCACCGAUGAGCCUAAAAGAAGCUGUGCAGUGCAACGAAAAAUCCUUGGAACCGAGGAGGGCGCAGCGAGGUGAUUACUGGGUCCUCUAUAAUUACGUGCCGAUGAGCAUAGCGGUGAGAUGUUGGGAAAGCGUGACGUACACCACGCACGCGGAUUACACGUUCCUGGACAAUCUGGAGCCGUUGCUGGAGCGAUGGAGAGCGCCGAUAUCGAUUGCAAUGCACGCCCCUGGCACAGACUUCGCGGCGACCCUCGACGCCAUCAAGUACUCGAGAAACUGUGGCAGCUCUCUGGUCUCCCAGCUGGUCACCUUUCAUGUAUUCUUCAGCAGCAAACACGUGCCAAAAAUGGUACCCCCGACCGAGAAAGUUAUGUCUGACUCGUAUAACUGCACGCUGGGACCACCGUGGGUGAAUGUCACGCUUUCAAAGAUGUAUAAAAACGAGAAGAAGCUGCUGUAUCCUGUGAACGUCGGACGUAACAUAGCCCGUGAAUCGGCGCCGACGUUCUACGUGUUAGCAAGCGAUAUCGAGCUUUACCCGAAUCCAGACUUGCCCGCGAAAUUCCUCGAGAUGAUCAGAAAGAGGGAUCAACCCGCCCUCUACAAACCUAACCCCAAAGUUUUUGUAUUGUCCAUCUUCGAGGUGGACGAGAAGAGUCAACCGCCUAAUAAUAAAACACAUUUGGUUCAGAUGCUGAAGGCCGGCACGGCAAUUCCCUUCCACAAAAAGUUGUGCUCCGGCUGUCAUAACGUUCCUCGAAGUAAAGAAUGGCAAGAGGCUGCGGAAACGGAGGAUCUUCACGUGUUUCACGUCGGCAAGAGGACUGGCAGUUUCGUUCAUUGGGAGCCGAUUUUCAUCGGGAGCAAUAAUGAUCCUCUGUACGAUGAGAGGCUUAGCUGGGAAGGAAAAAGCGACAAAAUGACACAGGGUUACGCGUUGUGCGUCCUUGACUACGAUUUCCUCAUCUUGGACAACGCAUUUCUGGUCCAUCGUCCAGGCAUUAAGAUCUUCAAGAAGGAUGUUCAUCGGGAGAUGCUGACAGCGAAAACAAACGCUUUGAUAAGAAAGAUCAUCGUUCCAGAGUUAAAAAUUCUUUAUGGAACGAGAAAAGGCUGUGCCGUGUAGCCCGUGGAGAAACGGGCACAGCGAGUGCUCCACAGGUGUUUUCCAAUUAAGUGGCAGCACCUGAGAUCAUUCUUGACACCAAGAAUGUCCGAAGCUCAGCAGAAGAUCAACGGCGGUCAUAGCGCUCAAAGACUCGUUUUAAUCGCCCGUGACCAUAAGGACCACGCUCGUCAGCCAUUUCUGGCCGUUUCCGGUGUCGAAACUAAGUUAAAGAACGUUCAGUGUGACUAACAGAUGUCCACGAUUGAAAAUGAUGCCAAUUGAACGGUGCCGAAAGUAAUAGUUACGCAGGUUAGGUUCCGAGGACGCAACCUCGCUAAUGUUCUCUCCUCGCUGAAGCAACAACGACGAACCUUUUUUCACCUCUGAAUGUUGUUGAAUGUUCCAAACGAUUUCUUCAAAAUACAUGGAACAUCAAUAAAAAGGUUCUUAUUAUUGCUUCGAUGAGGACACAACUUAUGGUUUCAAACUUCUCCUAUGAUCGUUAGUUCCUGCAGUUCCUCCUCGUUUCUCAUCGCUGACUUCUUCAUCUUCUUUGCAGUACAAAAGUGUGAUGGCAGCAUUAAUUACAAAAAAGAGGGAAUAUUAAUGAAAAAUCGAUUUGUUCAGAGAGACUCAAAGAGUAAUAUAAAAAAUUUUGCUUUCUCACGAUGAUCAUGUUACGUAGUUCGUCUUCGUUAUGAAAGGAUCUUGUUGCGCAUAUUUUCACUUGAGAACGCGUUAGGGCGAACAAUUGUACAUAUUUAGCGUUUUAAAACGGUGCCUCGUAUAUACUUGUACAUUUACAAGAGUGUUGUGUGGUUUGUCGGUGAACGCGUGCAUUUUUUUUCUCAUUCCACGAUUUCCCCAAAGAGGAAACGGAAGGCGUUUCUAACGCGAACGACUGUGGUCAUAAAAACAUGCCAAAAAGAAAAAGGUACACUGCUCAAGUCGACUAAGGAACACAAUGUUCGCAUAAUGAGAGAAAGUAUCUUUACUUUUUAAUUGCUAUUAAUAUUAUUAUUUGGAGCAGUGGAUGUUAAUAACCAAACAAAAACUCUGUAGCUCAAAUUUGGAUGAAAACUGCAUUAGACUCAAAAAUUUGGUUUCUAUAACUCCCUAGAAAAUUUAUUCUAAAAAAAAUGGAAAUUAUUAGAAAAUUAUUUAUUAUACCAGUGUGCAGAGUUUUGUAGAAUUUACUGCAAAACCGACUGAAGCCGACGUUUUGUCGACUUAAGUUUUAAUUUUAUGCAUUUACAUGAACAUAUUCGAAGCAGUUUUUCGUUGUUUUUAAAGUCAAGUAUCUUGUUUAAAAAAUAGAAACAUACGAAACCAAAUAUAACUACUAGGUAGUGGAACGAAAAAGAUAUGAAAAAGGAUGAUCCAUUACGCACUUGAACAACACGUAUGAACUACCCUUAUAUUUAAUUAACGAUAUAGUUUCGUUCUUGAACGAAUACCGUGGUAAAAAAAAUCAAACAGGGACUAUUCGCGAAUAUUUUACUCUCCCAAGACUGAAGAAACAUUUGAUAACAGUUUACUAGAACAUUUAUCCUAAAGAUCUUUAAUUAAAGAACGUCAAGUCAUUAGUUAUUUAAUGGUUCUUUUAUUAUAGUAUAAUCAAUUAAGGCUAAUAUAUUAACCUUUCUUUGUAUAUCUUUCUUCUAUGUCUGAUAAAAAUGAAUUGGUGCUUCCAAUGCUAGAUAACAAUUACAGCAAUCAUGAAUGGAACGUUGCAUUCGCUUUUACCAUUAAAACGAACAUUGCAUUAUACAAGAUUUCUCAUAAUUAAUAACAAAAUCGAUAAUUAGAUGAUUUUACGUACAAAAAUGAAUCAAAAAUAUAGAAUAAUUUUCUCCAAGCUCUCAAAAUUUUUUUUUUCUUUGGCACGUAAAACCGCAUCUAAAUUUUUUAUCAUUAUAUAUAAGAAAUAAUAAAAAAUAUUCAUAGAAACGUAAAAUAUUUUUAAUAAGCAAGGAAUUAUUUUCUCGGCUUUUAUAAAUACAACUUUCAACACAAUCAAAAUUUAAUUAGACGUAUAGCUCACUAAGCUUUAAUCCCAUUUUUAUGAAAAAUGAAACCCCGGAUUAAAGAAUGUUAUUCCACAUUUUCAAUUUAGUUAUAGAAUGGGGAAUUGUUAUCGAUUUUACCAUUGAUUAUGAGACACUUUGUAUACAAUUGAAAUUGAAGAGAGUAAAAAUAAGUCUCGUGAUGAAUUUCACUCAUCAUUUGGUAUCAUUUCCCACGAAAUCGUGCAAGAUCUAUUUCGUAACUGUACAUUAUUUGUGCUAAUACUUUUACUCGAUAAUUACUGGCGAGGAUUACGUGUGCGGAAUAUGUUAAAGAAGGAAGGCAAGAAUUUUUAUGCAAUUGCUAUUUGGUGUAUCAUUAUACGAGAUCAAUUUGAAAAACUCUUCUUUAUGAAUGUAUCGAAUGGUGUAUGAAAGGACAAUGUAAAUAUCUCUAUAUGUUUAAGUAUAAGUACAUAAGUAUGACGUAACUGGUACUACUUUUACACGAUUUAUCAGUCAUUAAAUGGGAAUUCGAAAUUCUAAAAAGAUAUAUUAUCAUGAAAUGUUCGACGUAUCCAAAUAUUUGUGAAUUUUCAGUAACAUUAUUUUUCAAGCCUUAUAGAUGAUAAAUCAUAAUAUUUUAUCGAAGAAAAUAGCAUAAUGGUACAUAUUUAUGUUUGCUAUUUUCGAUAAUCAAAACUUUGUAUGUAUCUGAGACGGCUUAGUUACUUAUAUCAAACAAAGUAGUAUUCCCAUUUUCUAUUUUAUUUAUCAUGUAAAGCCAACAAAAGAGAAUGCCAUUUUUAAUGUAAUACUUUUAUUUAGCCA